ACUGGCUGCAUAAACAAAACAAAGAAUGUAUUCAGGUCAGUGUGUAUUACAUGUAGUAUAUACCUGAAUGUGUCAUGGCUAAGAUCUAUUCUGGUGGUUGUUUGUCUGUGCUCGAAAACAACACGGGUCCUCCGCGCAUGCGUACAUUCUAAAAUACGAUUUGCACAACGGUCCAACAUCAAAGAUGGCGGGAGCCUCCGACCCACUGGAGGACAUGCUCUUCAAUGAGGUGGAUGAGAAAGCAGUUAGCGACUUAGUUGGCUCUCUGGAAUCACAACUCGGCGAUCGUAAGGCUCCCGCUGCUUCAUAUUCCGACGUGAAACGAGAGGGAGGUCCAGCCGCUGUCAGCCAGUUCUCAGGGAAAGUGCGCGAUCAAGUGGGGUCUCUGGAGCAGCCGCAACAAGGGCAUCCAAAAGCGGGGUUAAACCAGGAACCCGCCGCUAAUGAGCCGCUCUCCGGCAAAACCCUAACCUCCUCUACCUCCUCAAUCGCCGCCGGGGCUGUAAUAACCGCUGGAGCUAGUCUACAAACAGUUGGAGCAUCUCCUUCUACUAUUUCCGCCGUACCGGGACCCGUAACUUUGACCACUCAGUCCGCCGCUGCUAGCUUCCACAGGGCUGCUGCUGUCCUGGGUCCGAGUGCGGCUCCCAGCCCCAACAUCGUACCAGCUGCUGCGGAGGCUAUCAGGACCGCUUCACCUGGAUUACAAAGUUUAAACGGUAACGCUGGAGCUGUAAAGUUGGUGAACUCGCCCGCUGUCCCUGCCCAAACCGGAGCCAAUACUGUUAUAAGUACUGUCAGUGCUGGGGGCUCUGCUAUUAUCACUCCUAUGGCUUCACAACCUAAUUUUCCUGUACCUCAGUCCUCAGUGGCGUCUCCUACAAUAGCUUUGCAGAGGCACCCCAGCCCAGUGGUCAGCAUCGCCCAGAAUGGAGUAGACCCCAAGGGUGCCCAACUGGUGACCCAAGGUGCACCUUCCCCAACAGCCUCCGCCUCUCAGGUCAUGAACCACAGCAACCCUUUGAUGCACACCAAGAUGUUGGUGCCCAGCCAGCCUGUUUCUGCAAAUUCUGUCAUCCUGGCAAGUACUCCACCACCUGCUGCAGUCCAGUCUCCCAUCAGCCAAAGUGGGACCAGUACAGCUGCUGUCACACUGGCUGCUGCAGCUGGGGUGAAGCCUGCAGUCAAUGGGGUUGGUCAGCCUACAGUAGCUGUUGUGAGGCCACCAGGUCCUCCUGUGGUGGCUACUUCCAUACAGCAACAAAGACCUGGGCUGGUGGCAGCCAGUUCAACCCGGGCGGCUGCUCCUCAGCCCCCGCUGGCUGUCCGGCCUCAACAGCAGACCACCAUUCAGUUGCCCCCUGGGUUCACCAUGCCUGCUGGUAUGGUUCUAGUUCGGACGGAGACGGGCCAGCUGGUUAUGGUCCCCCAGCAGGUCCUCGCCCAGGCUCAGGCCAAGACGCAACAAGGUCAAACAGUGGCCAACAUCACCCAAAGACCUACAACACCGACAGCUGGGGCCACCAUCCGGGUCAGCACCGCCAGUCCGGCUCCUGGUACACCUCAGACCGUCCGCCUGGCCUCCCCUGCUCAGCCCAGAAUGGUCCAGUCCCCUGCCGUCACCACCACCACAGUACAGAAGGCCAUCAGCGUGGCCCCUGUUGGUGCUGCAGUGUCCGUGAAGAUGACCACCCCUCAGAAGGCCCCCACGGUGAUCACAGCAGGGGGGGCAGCUCUAGCAAAGACCCCCACUGUCCCGUCCACCCUCCCUCUCACAAGCACGACGCCCGCCCCCACGCCUGCAGCGAGAGUCACCGUAAUGUCCCAGGAAAUGCAAGAAAAUGUGAAGAAAUGCAAGAACUUUCUGGCCACCCUUAUCAAGCUGGUAUCCCAUAAUUCCCCCUCCCCAGAUACCUCUAAGAAUGUGAAGGCCUUGGUGCAGGACCUUCUUGAUGCUAAGAUUGAGCCUGAGGUGUUCACCACUCGGGUGCAGGCUGAGCUGAAGUCCUCCCCACAGCCCUACCUCAUCCCCUUCCUCAAAAAAAACCUCCCUGCCCUUCGCCAGUCAUUGCUCAACAGCCAGCAGUCUUUGAUGACAGCCACGCCGAGCACCUCUGCACCGCCCAUGGCCGCCCCCGGCGCAGUCACCACCUCCACCCUUAGACCACGGUUACCCAUCAGCCCUGCCACCAGCACAGUCAGACUGAACACACCGCUCGCAAACACGACGGCCCUGGCUGUGGGCAGACCGGGAGUCCAGACUGUCCAGGCGCGAACCCCAGUGGUCAUCAGUCAGAGCGUCAGACCGCAAGGUACACUCCUAAGGGGGCCAACAACCAUAUUAGGGAAAAGUCCUGUUCACCUGGCAGCCCAAGCCAAUCAGAAGAAACUAAGUGAUCCAGGGGGCGGGACUUUCAGAGAUGACGAUGACAUCAACGACGUGGCCUCCAUGGCCGGCGUAAACCUCAAUGAGGAAAACGCCCGUAUCCUAGCAACCAGCUCAGAACUCGUCGGCACCAAGAUCCGCUCAUGUAAGGAUGAAUCCUUCCUCCCCACGGGCCUCCUGCACCGCCGCAUCCUGGACACAGCUAAAAAGCUGGGUGUCACUGAAGUGCCGUUGGAGGUGGUGAACUUCAUUUCCCAUGCUACCCAGUCCAGACUACGCUCCGUGCUGGAGAAGGUUUCAGCUGUGGCUCAGCAUCGCACAGAUGGUGGGAAGGAUGAAGAUUAUUACGACCAGACGUCAGACGUUCGCUCUCAGCUUCGUUUCUUUGAACAGCUGGAGCGAAUGGAGAAGCAGAGGAAAGAUGAGCAGGAGAGAGAGAUGCUGAUGAAGGCUGCAAAGAGUCGCGCCAGACAAGAAGAUCCUGAACAGGCUCGUUUGAAGCAGAAGGCAAAAGAGAUGCAACAGCAGGAGUUGGCUCAGAUGCGACAACGAGACGCUAACCUCACAGCCCUCGCUGCCAUCGGGCCACGCAAGAAGCGUAAGCUCGACUCCCCAGGUGGCGCCACAGCUGGCACAGAGGUUGCUUCAGGCUCUGGUGCCGGCUCCUCCACCACCGCCUCCUCCCGCCAGCAGCUCCGUCAGCGGAUCACGCGAGUUAACCUCAGGGACUUCAUCUUCUGUCUGGAGCAGGAUCGCACCACGGCCCGCUCCUUAAUGCUCUACAAGGCGCUACUGAAAUGAGGUGUCCCACAAGGAAGCGCACUUGGCCCACUGCAGAUCACAAACUGGAUUACACUUCACCUCUUCCAUCCGUCACGGGUGUUUCUUAAUCGGAUUAUUUUGGCUUCUGUCCCCUUCCCAGCACCUUUUUUAUCAUCAGUUCAAUCACAACUUUGAGAAGAAUCUCUCGUUUUCAGCUAAUCCACAUGCCUACAACUGGACAGCACAUUGUCUUUUCAACUCUGUGUUUCUUAUAGCAACAGAUAUUAAUAUAAAACAUGCAGAGUUGAAAAGGUGUGGAUCUGAAACUUGGCAAAACUGAGAGUGCGGUCUGUUUUCAAAGUCUUUUCUGGACUGUGUGGUGAGCAGAUCCUCAGCUUGGACUCCAGCGCUGUACCUUAAGAGGUGCCUUUAGAGUCUCUUUCCUAACCUCUCCGUAGUGACAUUCAGAUUUUAUGUCAACUCCUUGUUAUUCGUAGCCCACUUAGCUACCGACUCAGGACGCCGGGCUCAUGGGCUCCCUGGUUUGUUGUCGUUUCUUUUUGUAAGUUUUCCAUCACAGUCAGAUCUGUGAUAAAUUUCUUCUCAACUCUACAAGUUGGUACGGUCACAUAACCGACUGUCUGUUUUACAGUUUGAAUCAUCUGCCGCUUCAGGGUGGAAAAGAAUAACGAGUUUCUGGAAUGUUUUAUUCAGUAUCAUAAUGAAUGAUCGUUGGUGUCAGAGGAAUGUGUACCGCGAGUACUGUGAAGAAUAGAUGGUGAGGAAGUGUGAAUGUGCUGUAACGGGGCCGGUAAUGGUUCAGAAGGCGAAGUUGGUAGAUUUUAAUUUGUGUGUGUGAACUCCUGCCAUGGAGGCCGUAUAAUAUUUGUGUGUGUGUAUGUGUGAGUGUGGAGUUGGUGUGGAUCUAUGGGAUAAUCAUGCUCAUAAUGGUGACACUUGACGGACUUGAAAGGUUAAAGGAAAGGUUCGACAUGUUGGGAAUACUUGUUUACAUGAUUAGAUUGAUACCACCAAACCAGGCUGGAAAACAGUACAUCUGUUUUCCUGUUUCUACCAUAAGACUCUUCAGGAACCUUUUGAGGGUCUUUAUUUAGGUCUGUGGAGAUGGUUUCACCAUCUACAAAGUCCCCGCUCUGGCUGGACCUCAAACUCUUAACCAGGAGUGAAUGGUCCAUUUUGGUUUCUAGGUUUUAACAGAACGGUUCUUUCUCUUCAAGUGGUCUUUGACAUUCUUUUAAAACACAAUAGUAUUAAAGGUGACGUGAAGCUCCAGUAUCACCAGUCAUCCAACCAAAACUAACUGCUACAAUACUCAAAUCUCAAUCAGAGCUGUAAUAUUUU